AAUAAACACAUAUAGGUAUGCGCUUCUAGCGGCGGGCGCAUUUAGGUGAUCCCAGCGUACUACACACAUCGUCAUUUCCCUGGUUUUUGGGAAUUUCCAAAUCCUAACCAGGAUGCCGAGAGCAUUUCUAAUCAAGGCUAAAACCCGGGUUCCUACCCAAAAAAAGGACAGACCAAGUGAAGAUGAGCCCACAAGUGAACAUUCAGCAUGGGAUUCUUACAGACAAGACUUUCCCGUGGGUGGACGCGUGACCAGUGAAAAUUUCCCAGUUCAUGUCCCCGAGGUUGUCAGGAAACCCGAUGCCUACCAAGAAUUUAAGAACAAGCCAAAGGUAUCGAUUGAAACCCGAGACGCCAGCCAGAUCUACAGGCCACGAGUUUCAAGCCCACCUCACGAUUAUCAACAAGUCAACAACGCAGAGCUUCGCACUGUGUAUAGAGAGAAAAAUAAGCGCGCUCUCGUGGACUCUAGCGUCUCUACCGAGGAAUCUGCGACGAAAAAAACGCGUCAAGAGCUUCCGAAAAAGAACAAAGUUCAGAAUCAUGAAUUUGAGGGAAGCGAGCGCAGGCGAGGGAACUUUAAUUCCAUGCAAGCAGAGCUCGAGACAAGAGGGUUUAGAAAUUAUACGCAUGGACAGCGCCAUUACGCUAAUGAGCGCCGUGAUAACGAGCGCAGAGAAAGGAGCAAGAAACCUCAAGGGAGUGCUGAUAAAGAGCCUCACACUCAACACCGACAGCACUCAUUUGCAUUGCUGAAUGGCGCCGAGUCAACCAACCGAGAAAAAAUGAGCCUUUCACGCCGGAUUGACGCGAACAAUAACGGGAUUGAGAAGAAUGAAGGCUUGGACAAUGUGAAGAUCGUGGAGUAUCACUCAAUCAGCGCUCCGAGGAGAGAAAAUUUGUACAACGAGAACAAUCAGCACGGGCAUGCCAGAACACAACCACAGGUAUACCGCGAGCCUACCAGGACCUCUACUGUUGCACACAGCAUCCCAGCUCCUGUUGCAAGUGUCCCACAACCACCUCCACAACCAGCCCAACAACCAGCUUCACAUCCAAGCGCAUCUAGCAGACAGGACGAAGCAAAAGUUGUGUACGUUCCUGUCUACCCUGUCGCCCAGGGACCUAAUGGGGUCAUUUAUGAACCCAUUCCUAAUGCUACACCCAUUAUGGCAAAGGACGCUGUAAAGUAUGAGCCACCACAGCAGCAGAGGCAGUCCCCACCCCAGCCCAGCCCUACUGGUGCACCCCCACAGAGACCACACCCACCACCUCAGCAGCCGUCACCCCGCCCACCCAUGGGGGUACCACACAGAGGGUAUGAGCCUCCUCAGCCCCAGCAGUUAGCAGCCUCACCAGCACCUCAGCACUUCCUGCCACGCCAACAACACCCUCAGGGUCAGGUCAUAGUGCAACAGCAGCCCCCCUAUCCUCCAGCGCACAGCGGGGCAGUGUCAUACACCAUGACAAGACCAGUGCACCCACAGUACCAGCAAACGCAGCCAAAUCAUCAGCCGCAGCUAAUCUACACUCAGCCUUCUCCCCCAGCCUCAGCACCAGUCACCCCACAACAGUACCAGCCCCCAAGACAUGCAGUACCCACAUCCCAACCAUACCAGGCAGUGCAGCGGCCUUUCAACGGGCAGUACCAACAGCAGCAAGCAUACCAGGCAGCUCGCAGUCCUCCAGCACCUGGUCAGCCCCAAUACCACCCUGCCCAGCAGAUACAGUACCAGAAUCCUGGCAACUACAGGGUUCAUAGGGGCCCGCCACAGAGACCCCCACCACUGCCAUCACAGCCCCAGCUUGCAGAGAAACCAGCUCUGCAGUCACCGUCGUACCCCCAAGAGAGUGCUAGUAGGCUUCCCACACCUCAUUACAGUCACAGCAGCCAUGGACAAGAACCAAAGUUUGUGUACACUUCACCCCCGGCAGAGUUUGCCAGUCCUGUGUAUAGAGUUCCUUCCAAGGAAGGAGAGAAGAAGGAUGACCAUUUUCACAAUGGCAGCCACAAGAGUGGGUCCAGAAAGAGAAAGUCUUCUAACCCAGCUCAUGCAGUACCACAGGGGCAGCGUCACAUCCAGGCUGUGCCAAGCCCUCCUGACAGCUACUCGGAGCAGCCAAGUCCAGUUGAAGCUGAGCUGAGGUGCAGCGAGAGACUUGUGGGCUCCCCUCACCAGGGUCGUAGCCCACUCAACAGAUCCAGCCUUAUCAUUACCCCACCCGGAUCGCCAAACGAAGAGAAUAGCAUGGUAACUGUCAUGGUACGUGACCAGGGAAUCCAGGCUUGCCCUCGUCCUGGCUGGGAGCAGCCAGACUCACCUCAUAUUAACCAGAUGAACCGACCUCCCAGUCGUAACAACAGUCUGCAAUCAGAGAGCUCAGAGGAAGGGGGUUCAGAGGACGAGGAUCCAGACGACUGGCCUACAGAGAAAGAAAACAUGUACACAGAGGAUGGAACGCUGGUCGUACAUAUCCCCUACUCUCACUCACAGCGUAAGAUGAAGGGUAGGCGUGGAAACGUGCGGUUCACAUGUCGUUAUUGCAGCAAGGGAUUUCAAUGGCACUCGCACUUGGCCUCACACGAGCGCACUCAUACAGGAGAAAAACCUUUCAAAUGUCCAGAGUGUCAGCGUGCAUUCUGCCGUGCUGACGGACUACAGUGUCACAUGCUUGUGCACAACAAGAAAAAGAUGUACAAGUGUAACUUCUGCGGCAAGGGAUUUAAUGACAAGAUUGUGUUGGAGAAACACAUCUACUCACACACAGGAGUGAAGCCAUUCAAAUGCGAGUACUGUGGAAGGGCAUUCAGUGACUCUCUCUCUAUUGAGAAACAUUUACUGGUUCACACAGGCACAAAACCAUACAAGUGCCAGUACUGUGUGCGUUCCUUUAAUGACUCUCAGAUGCUUGUUAGGCAUAUUAGGAGCCAUACAGGUGAAAAGCCAUUCAAAUGUAAGCACUGCUCUAUGGCAUUUAGUAAGCAGAGUGCACUUAUCAUUCACACUCGCGUUCACACAGGUGAGAAACCUUAUAAAUGUCCACACUGUACUAAGUCUUUUUCAAUCUCAGGUAAUCUUCAGCGCCACAUACUUAUACACACAGGUGAGCGUCCGUAUAAAUGCAGUAAAUGUCCUAAAGCAUUUAACAACCCUAGCCACCUGUCCCGGCACAUUAGCAAGCUACAUGCGCCACAACCACACACUAAGUCUCCAGAGUCAUAUGCAUACCAGGAGCCUAUCCCUGAGCCAUAUGCACCAGCACCAGUCAUGACACAACAGUAGAGAUGUAUUACAUAUUAUAUUUAUAUUUAUUCAGAAAUAAUAUUAAGAUCAACUUUAUAAGUAGAGUUUACACAAUUUCUUUCAAGCCUGUAAUAAGACUUCUGUAAACUUAAGUUUUUUUUUGUUUUCCCUAAAUAAAAAUUUCAUUAGGGACUUUAAUCCUUAGUUAUCCAAGCUUAUUAUCUGAUGAUAAUACCUGUAGUGAAAGUGUGGUUAUUAAUGUAGUCAAGUUGUUUUGAUGUAUGAAAAAACAUGUAAAUAUUUGUAUUAGCCCUGUCUUUCAAGGUUUAUUAAAUAUAGACCUCAACACAGGCAUAUUUAUAUCAUAUCUUGUACAUAGUUAGAAAUAGAACUAUGUUGGGUACUGCAUUUUCUAAAAUUCACUUUACUCCAAUUUUGAGUGCAAAAUUAAAAACUAAAGUAAAAAGAAAGUGGUUUUGAUAGCUCCAGCGUGAAAAUGUAUGAUGUUUGAUGUAUGAAGUUUAUGAUUUCUGUAAUAAAUAAGUUUUCUUGAAAA